UUUUUUUGCAAAGGCACACAUGUGCGCUGGAACAAACUUCGUAGUUGGAUAACAUUUCGGUUGGCCACAACAAAAGUUCAAAGAGUCCGCAAGAUGUCAGUCCGAGCAAUGGGGGUGCUGGGUCAAGCGUGCCGCUUCAGCCGCUUUGCCCAAGUUCUGAGCCAGAGCCACCGAUCCGCCACAGUAGCUCCUAAUCUCGCCCUCGCCAUGGGAUCUCAGCGAUCGCCGGCCGGCCUUGCGCCCCGUCGCUUCUCCACGGAGACUAAGAAGGCGUCGGAGUCGGUGGUGGACAAGCACGAGUUCCAGGCUGAGACCCGCCAGCUACUGGACAUUGUGGCCCGAUCCCUGUACUCCGACCACGAAGUCUUUGUGCGCGAGCUCAUCUCCAAUGCCAGCGAUGCGCUGGAGAAAUUCAGGUACACCUCGCUGAGCGCCGGAGGCGAGAAACUGGCUGGCAAGGAUCGGCCGCUGGAGAUUCGCAUCACCACCGACAAGCCGCAGAUGCAGCUGAUCGUCCAGGACACGGGCAUCGGCAUGACCAAGGAGGAGCUGGUCAGCAACCUGGGCACCAUCGCACGCAGCGGCUCGAAGCAGUUCUUGGAGCAGAUGAAGGGCAAUCAGCAGGCAGCCACCUCUGAAGCCUCUUCCAACAUCAUCGGCCAGUUCGGCGUGGGCUUUUACUCGUCCUUCAUCGUGGCCAACAAGGUGGAAGUGUUCACCAGGGCGGCCACGCCGGAUGCCCCUGGUUUGCGGUGGUCCACGGAUGGCAGCGGCUCCUACGAGAUCGAGGAAGUCCCGGAUGUUGAACUAGGCACGCGAAUCGUGCUGCACUUAAAGACCGAGUGCCGGGAGUACGCGGACGAGGAGCGGAUACAGUCUGUGAUCAAGAAGUACAGCAACUUCGUGGGCUCGCCCAUCUUGCUAAACGGAAAGCAGGCCAACGAGAUCAAGCCACUGUGGCUGCUGGAGCCCCAGAGCAUCAGCAAGGAGCAGCACCACGACUUCUACCGCUUCAUUAGCAACAGUUUUGAUGUUCCGCGCUUCACCUUGCACUACAAUGCCGACGUGCCUUUGAGCAUCCACGCACUGCUCUACUUUCCAGAGGGAAAGCCGGGCUUAUUCGAAAUGUCGCGAGACGGAAACACCGGAGUUGCGUUAUACACGCGAAAGGUUCUGAUCCAGUCCAAGACCGAGCACCUCUUGCCCAAGUGGCUGCGCUUCGUUAAGGGCGUCGUCGACUCGGAGGACAUUCCACUUAAUCUGAGCCGCGAGCUACUCCAAAACAGCAGUCUAAUCCGCAAACUGUCCAGCGUGAUAACCACCCGUGUCAUCCGUUUCCUGCAGGAGCGAUCCAAAAAGCAACCGGAGGAGUACGAGUCCUUCUAUCGCGACUACGGGCUCUUCCUAAAAGAGGGCAUCGUAACCUCCAGCGAUGCGGGCGAAAAGGAGGAAAUUGCAAAGCUUCUACGAUUUGAGUCCUCCAAGUCGGAAACCUCCAGUGGUCGCAUGUCUUUGGACGAGUACUACAACAGCGUUCCCGCUGACCAGCAAAAUAUCUACUACCUGGCGGCACCCAACCGCGUCCUGGCCGAAUCCUCGCCCUACUACGAGAGCCUGAAAAAGCGGAACGAGCUGGUGCUCUUCUGCUAUGAACCUUACGAUGAGCUGGUACUCAUGCAGCUAGGUAAGUUCAAGAGCAAGAAGCUCGUUUCCGUGGAGAAGGAAAUGCGCGAGGAGUCCAAGGAGUCGUCGACGGCCACCGACUAUGGCGAGGGGAGCCUGCUGCGCUCAGAGCUGGAUAGCUUGAUUCCCUGGCUGGAGGAGGAGCUAAAGGGUCAGGUGAUAAAGGUAAAAGCCACGUCCCGCCUGGACACCCAUCCUUGUGUCAUCACUGUGGAGGAGAUGGCUGCCGCUCGACAUUUCAUCCGGACCCAGAGUCACCAGGUGCCCCAAGAGAACCGAUUUGCCCUGCUGCAGCCAGAGCUGGAGAUCAACCCGAAGCACCCCAUCAUCAAGAAACUGAACAAGCUGCGCGAGACCGAAAAGGAUCUUGCCCAACUGAUCGCCAAGCAGCUCUUCGCAAACGCCAUGGUGGGCGCUGGUCUCGCGGAGGAUCCCCGCAUGCUUCUGACCAACAUGAACUCGCUGCUUUCACGGGCGCUGGAGAAAUACUAGAAUGCACGGCCGGGCAAAGUGUAAAUCUACCGACUAUGUUAUAUUAAUAUGUAUAAUUAGUUUAAUAAAAUCUUUUGAAAUAGUUGUAACGUUA